AAACAUGCAUUGGACGAGAAACAUGCAUUGGACGAGAAACAUGCUUUGGACGAGAAACAUGCUUUGGACGAGAAACAUGCUUUGGACGAGAAACAUGCUUUGGACGAGAAACAUGCUUUGGACGAGAAACAUGCAUUGGACGAGAAACAUGCUUUGGACGAGAAACAUGCAUUGGACGAGAAACAUGCUUUGGACGAGAAACAUGCAUUGGACGAGAAACAUGCUUUGGACGAGAAACAUGCUUUGGACGAGAAACAUGCUUUGGACGAGAAACAUGCAUUGGACGAGAAACAUGCUUUGGACGAGAAACAUGCAUUGGACGAGAAACAUGCUUUGGACGAGAAACAUGCAUUGGACGAGAAACAUGCAUUGGACGAGAAACAUGCAUUGGACGAGAAACAUGCAUUGGACGAGAAACAUGCUUUGGACGAGAAACAUGCAUUGGACGAGAAACAUGCUUUGGACGAGAAACAUGCAUUGGACGAGAAACAUGCUUUGGACGAGAAACAUGCUUUGGACGAGAAACAUGCAUUGGACGAGAAACAUGCAUUGGACGAGAAACAUGCUUUGGACGAGAAACAUGCAUUGGACGAGAAACAUGCAUUGGACGAGAAACAUGCAUUGGACGAGAAACAUGCUUUGGACGAGAAACAUGCUUUGGACGAGAAACAUGCUUUGGACGAGAAACAUGCUUUGGACGAGAAACAUGCUUUGGACGAGAAACAUGCAUUGGACGAGAAACAUGCUUUGGACGAGAAACAUGCAUUGGACGAGAAACAUGCUUUGGACGAGAAACAUGCAUUGGACGAGAAACAUGCUUUGGACGAGAAACAUGCUUUGGACGAGAAACAUGCUUUGGACGAGAAACAUGCUUUGGACGAGAAACAUGCAUUGGACGAGAAACAUGCAUUGGACGAGAAACAUGCUUUGGACGAGAAACAUGCUUUGGACGAGAAACAUGCUUUGGACGAGAAACAUGCUUUGGACGAGAAACAUGCAUUGGACGAGAAACAUGCAUUGGACGAGAAACAUGCAUUGGACGAGAAACAUGCAUUGGACGAGAAACAUGCUUUGGACGAGAAACAUGCUUUGGACGAGAAACAUGCAUUGGACGAGAAACAUGCAUUGGACGAGAAACAUGCAUUGGACGAGAAAAAUGCAUUGGACGAGAAACAUGCAUUGGACGAGAAACAUGCAUUGGACGAGAAACAUGCAUUGGACGAGAAACAUGCAUUGGACGAGAAACAUGCAUUGGACGAGAAACAUGCAUUGGACGAGAAACAUGCAUUGGACGAGAAACAUGCUUUGGACGAGAAACAUGCUUUGGACGAGAAACAUGCUUUGGACGAGAAACAUGCUUUGGACGAGAAACAUGCUUUGGACGAGAAACAUGCUUUGGACGAGAAACAUGCAUUGGACGAGAAACAUGCUUUGGACGAGAAACAUGCAUUGGACGAGAAACAUGCAUUGGACGAGAAACAUGCUUUGGACGAGAAACAUGCUUUGGACGAGAAACAUGCUUUGGACGAGAAACAUGCUUUGGACGAGAAACAUGCAUUGGACGAGAAACAUGCUUUGGACGAGAAACAUGCUUUGGACGAGAAACAUGCAUUGGACGAGAAACAUGCAUUGGACGAGAAACAUGCUUUGGACGAGAAACAUGCUUUGGACGAGAAACAUGCUUUGGACGAGAAACAUGCAUUGGACGAGAAACAUGCUUUGGACGAGAAACAUGCUUUGGACGAGAAACAUGCAUUGGACGAGAAACAUGCUUUGGACGAGAAACAUGCUUUGGACGAGAAACAUGCAUUGGACGAGAAACAUGCAUUGGACGAGAAACAUGCUUUGGACGAGAAACAUGCUUUGGACGAGAAACAUGCAUUGGACGAGAAACAUGCAUUGGACGAGAAACAUGCAUUGGACGAGAAACAUGCUUUGGACGAGAAACAUGCAUUGGACGAGAAACAUGCUUUGGACGAGAAACAUGCUUUGGACGAGAAACAUGCAUUGGACGAGAAACAUGCAUUGGACGAGAAACAUGCUUUGGACGAGAAACAUGCUUUGGACGAGAAACAUGCAUUGGACGAGAAACAUGCUUUGGACGAGAAACAUGCUUUGGACGAGAAACAUGCAUUGGACGAGAAACAUGCAUUGGACGAGAAACAUGCAUUGGACGAGAAACAUGCUUUGGACGAGAAACAUGCAUUGGACGAGAAACAUGCAUUGGACGAGAAACAUGCAUUGGACGAGAAACAUGCUUUGGACGAGAAACAUGCUUUGGACGAGAAACAUGCUUUGGACGAGAAACAUGCUUUGGACGAGAAACAUGCUUUGGACGAGAAACAUGCAUUGGACGAGAAACAUGCUUUGGACGAGAAACAUGCUUUGGACGAGAAACAUGCAUUGGACGAGAAACAUGCUUUGGACGAGAAACAUGCUUUGGACGAGAAACAUGCUUUGGACGAGAAACAUGCUUUGGACGAGAAACAUGCAUUGGACGAGAAACAUGCAUUGGACGAGAAACAUGCUUUGGACGAGAAACAUGCUUUGGACGAGAAACAUGCUUUGGACGAGAAACAUGCUUUGGACGAGAAACAUGCUUUGGACGAGAAACAUGCUUUGGACGAGAAACAUGCUUUGGACGAGAAACAUGCAUUGGACGAGAAACAUGCUUUGGACGAGAAACAUGCAUUGGACGAGAAACAUGCAUUGGACGAGAAACAUGCAUUGGACGAGAAACAUGCUUUGGACGAGAAACAUGCUUUGGACGAGAAACAUGCUUUGGACGAGAAACAUGCUUUGGACGAGAAACAUGCUUUGGACGAGAAACAUGCAUUGGACGAGAAACAUGCUUUGGACGAGAAACAUGCUUUGGACGAGAAACAUGCUUUGGACGAGAAACAUGCUUUGGACGAGAAACAUGCUUUGGACGAGAAACAUGCUUUGGACGAGAAACAUGCAUUGGACGAGAAACAUGCAUUGGACGAGAAACAUGCUUUGGACGAGAAACAUGCUUUGGACGAGAAACAUGCUUUGGACGAGAAACAUGCUUUGGACGAGAAACAUGCAUUGGACGAGAAACAUGCUUUGGACGAGAAACAUGCUUUGGACGAGAAACAUGCUUUGGACGAGAAACAUGCUUUGGACGAGAAACAUGCAUUGGACGAGAAACAUGCUUUGGACGAGAAACAUGCUUUGGACGAGAAACAUGCAUUGGACGAGAAACAUGCUUUGGACGAGAAACAUGCAUUGGACGAGAAACAUGCUUUGGACGAGAAACAUGCAUUGGACGAGAAACAUGCUUUGGACGAGAAACAUGCAUUGGACGAGAAACAUGCUUUGGACGAGAAACAUGCUUUGGACGAGAAACAUGCUUUGGACGAGAAACAUGCAUUGGACGAGAAACAUGCUUUGGACGAGAAACAUGCAUUGGACGAGAAACAUGCUUUGGACGAGAAACAUGCAUUGGACGAGAAACAUGCUUUGGACGAGAAACAUGCAUUGGACGAGAAACAUGCUUUGGACGAGAAACAUGCUUUGGACGAGAAACAUGCUUUGGACGAGAAACAUGCAUUGGACGAGAAACAUGCUUUGGACGAGAAACAUGCAUUGGACGAGAAACAUGCUUUGGACGAGAAACAUGCAUUGGACGAGAAACAUGCUUUGGACGAGAAACAUGCUUUGGACGAGAAACAUGCAUUGGACGAGAAACAUGCUUUGGACGAGAAACAUGCAUUGGACGAGAAACAUGCAUUGGACGAGAAACAUGCUUUGGACGAGAAACAUGCAUUGGACGAGAAACAUGCUUUGGACGAGAAACAUGCAUUGGACGAGAAACAUGCAUUGGACGAGAAACAUGCAUUGGACGAGAAACAUGCAUUGGACGAGAAACAUGCAUUGGACGAGAAACAUGCAUUGGACGAGAAACAUGCUUUGGACGAGAAACAUGCAUUGGACGAGAAACAUGCAUUGGACGAGAAACAUGCUUUGGACGAGAAACAUGCUUUGGACGAGAAACAUGCUUUGGACGAGAAACAUGCAUUGGACGAGAAACAUGCAUUGGACGAGAAACAUGCUUUGGACGAGAAACAUGCAUUGGACGAGAAACAUGCUUUGGACGAGAAACAUGCAUUGGACGAGAAACAUGCUUUGGACGAGAAACAUGCAUUGGACGAGAAACAUGCUUUGGACGAGAAACAUGCAUUGGACGAGAAACAUGCUUUGGACGAGAAACAUGCUUUGGACGAGAAACAUGCUUUGGACGAGAAACAUGCAUUGGACGAGAAACAUGCUUUGGACGAGAAACAUGCAUUGGACGAGAAACAUGCUUUGGACGAGAAACAUGCAUUGGACGAGAAACAUGCAUUGGACGAGAAACAUGCAUUGGACGAGAAACAUGCUUUGGACGAGAAACAUGCAUUGGACGAGAAACAUGCUUUGGACGAGAAACAUGCAUUGGACGAGAAACAUGCUUUGGACGAGAAACAUGCAUUGGACGAGAAACAUGCUUUGGACGAGAAACAUGCUUUGGACGAGAAACAUGCAUUGGACGAGAAACAUGCAUUGGACGAGAAACAUGCAUUGGACGAGAAACAUGCAUUGGACGAGAAACAUGCUUUGGACGAGAAACAUGCUUUGGACGAGAAACAUGCAUUGGACGAGAAACAUGCUUUGGACGAGAAACAUGCUUUGGACGAGAAACAUGCAUUGGACGAGAAACAUGCUUUGGACGAGAAACAUGCUUUGGACGAGAAACAUGCUUUGGACGAGAAACAUGCAUUGGACGAGAAACAUGCAUUGGACGAAAAACAUGCUUUGGACGAGAAACAUGCUUUGGACGAGAAACAUGCAUUGGACGAGAAACAUGCAUUGGACGAGAAACAUGCAUUGGACGAGAAACAUGCAUUGGACGAGAAACAUGCUUUGGACGAGAAACAUGCAUUGGACGAGAAACAUGCUUUGGACGAGAAACAUGCUUUGGACGAGAAACAUGCAUUGGACGAGAAACAUGCAUUGGACGAGAAACAUGCAUUGGACGAGAAACAUGCAUUGGACGAGAAACAUGCAUUGGACGAGAAACAUGCUUUGGACGAGAAACAUGCUUUGGACGAGAAACAUGCUUUGGACGAGAAACAUGCUUUGGACGAGAAACAUGCAUUGGACGAGAAACAUGCAUUGGACGAGAAACAUGCAUUGGACGAGAAACAUGCAUUGGACGAGAAACAUGCAUUGGACGAGAAACAUGCAUUGGACGAGAAACAUGCAUUGGACGAGAAACAUGCUUUGGACGAGAAACAUGCAUUGGACGAGAAACAUGCUUUGGACGAGAAACAUGCAUUGGACGAGAAACAUGCAUUGGACGAGAAACAUGCUUUGGACGAGAAACAUGCUUUGGACGAGAAACAUGCUUUGGACGAGAAACAUGCAUUGGACGAGAAACAUGCUUUGGACGAGAAACAUGCAUUGGACGAGAAACAUGCUUUGGACGAGAAACAUGCAUUGGACGAGAAACAUGCUUUGGACGAGAAACAUGCUUUGGACGAGAAACAUGCAUUGGACGAGAAACAUGCAUUGGACGAGAAACAUGCUUUGGACGAGAAACAUGCUUUGGACGAGAAACAUGCAUUGGACGAGAAACAUGCUUUGGACGAGAAACAUGCUUUGGACGAGAAACAUGCAUUGGACGAGAAACAUGCAUUGGACGAGAAACAUGCAUUGGACGAGAAACAUGCUUUGGACGAGAAACAUGCAUUGGACGAGAAACAUGCAUUGGACGAGAAACAUGCAUUGGACGAGAAACAUGCUUUGGACGAGAAACAUGCUUUGGACGAGAAACAUGCUUUGGACGAGAAACAUGCUUUGGACGAGAAACAUGCUUUGGACGAGAAACAUGCAUUGGACGAGAAACAUGCUUUGGACGAGAAACAUGCUUUGGACGAGAAACAUGCAUUGGACGAGAAACAUGCUUUGGACGAGAAACAUGCUUUGGACGAGAAACAUGCUUUGGACGAGAAACAUGCUUUGGACGAGAAACAUGCAUUGGACGAGAAACAUGCAUUGGACGAGAAACAUGCUUUGGACGAGAAACAUGCUUUGGACGAGAAACAUGCUUUGGACGAGAAACAUGCUUUGGACGAGAAACAUGCUUUGGACGAGAAACAUGCUUUGGACGAGAAACAUGCAUUGGACGAGAAACAUGCUUUGGACGAGAAACAUGCAUUGGACGAGAAACAUGCAUUGGACGAGAAACAUGCAUUGGACGAGAAACAUGCUUUGGACGAGAAACAUGCUUUGGACGAGAAACAUGCUUUGGACGAGAAACAUGCUUUGGACGAGAAACAUGCUUUGGACGAGAAACAUGCAUUGGACGAGAAACAUGCUUUGGACGAGAAACAUGCUUUGGACGAGAAACAUGCUUUGGACGAGAAACAUGCUUUGGACGAGAAACAUGCUUUGGACGAGAAACAUGCUUUGGACGAGAAACAUGCAUUGGACGAGAAACAUGCAUUGGACGAGAAACAUGCUUUGGACGAGAAACAUGCUUUGGACGAGAAACAUGCUUUGGACGAGAAACAUGCUUUGGACGAGAAACAUGCAUUGGACGAGAAACAUGCUUUGGACGAGAAACAUGCUUUGGACGAGAAACAUGCUUUGGACGAGAAACAUGCUUUGGACGAGAAACAUGCAUUGGACGAGAAACAUGCUUUGGACGAGAAACAUGCUUUGGACGAGAAACAUGCAUUGGACGAGAAACAUGCUUUGGACGAGAAACAUGCAUUGGACGAGAAACAUGCUUUGGACGAGAAACAUGCAUUGGACGAGAAACAUGCUUUGGACGAGAAACAUGCAUUGGACGAGAAACAUGCUUUGGACGAGAACGAUGCUUUGGACGAGAAACAUGCUUUGGACGAGAAACAUGCAUUGGACGAGAAACAUGCUUUGGACGAGAAACAUGCAUUGGACGAGAAACAUGCUUUGGACGAGAAACAUGCAUUGGACGAGAAACAUGCUUUGGACGAGAAACAUGCAUUGGACGAGAAACAUGCUUUGGACGAGAAACAUGCUUUGGACGAGAAACAUGCUUUGGACGAGAAACAUGCAUUGGACGAGAAACAUGCUUUGGACGAGAAACAUGCAUUGGACGAGAAACAUGCUUUGGACGAGAAACAUGCAUUGGACGAGAAACAUGCUUUGGACGAGAAACAUGCAUUGGACGAGAAACAUGCUUUGGACGAGAAACAUGCAUUGGACGAGAAACAUGCAUUGGACGAGAAACAUGCUUUGGACGAGAAACAUGCAUUGGACGAGAAACAUGCUUUGGACGAGAAACAUGCAUUGGACGAGAAACAUGCAUUGGACGAGAAACAUGCAUUGGACGAGAAACAUGCAUUGGACGAGAAACAUGCAUUGGACGAGAAACAUGCUUUGGACGAGAAACAUGCAUUGGACGAGAAACAUGCAUUGGACGAGAAACAUGCUUUGGACGAGAAACAUGCAUUGGACGAGAAACAUGCUUUGGACGAGAAACAUGCAUUGGACGAGAAACAUGCUUUGGACGAGAAACAUGCAUUGGACGAGAAACAUGCUUUGGACGAGAAACAUGCAUUGGACGAGAAACAUGCUUUGGACGAGAAACAUGCUUUGGACGAGAAACAUGCUUUGGACGAGAAACAUGCAUUGGACGAGAAACAUGCUUUGGACGAGAAACAUGCAUUGGACGAGAAACAUGCUUUGGACGAGAAACAUGCAUUGGACGAGAAACAUGCAUUGGACGAGAAACAUGCAUUGGACGAGAAACAUGCUUUGGACGAGAAACAUGCAUUGGACGAGAAACAUGCUUUGGACGAGAAACAUGCAUUGGACGAGAAACAUGCUUUGGACGAGAAACAUGCAUUGGACGAGAAACAUGCUUUGGACGAGAAACAUGCUUUGGACGAGAAACAUGCAUUGGACGAGAAACAUGCAUUGGACGAGAAACAUGCAUUGGACGAGAAACAUGCAUUGGACGAGAAACAUGCUUUGGACGAGAAACAUGCUUUGGACGAGAAACAUGCAUUGGACGAGAAACAUGCUUUGGACGAGAAACAUGCUUUGGACGAGAAACAUGCAUUGGACGAGAAACAUGCUUUGGACGAGAAACAUGCUUUGGACGAGAAACAUGCUUUGGACGAGAAACAUGCAUUGGACGAGAAACAUGCAUUGGACGAGAAACAUGCUUUGGACGAGAAACAUGCUUUGGACGAGAAACAUGCAUUGGACGAGAAACAUGCAUUGGACGAGAAACAUGCAUUGGACGAGAAACAUGCAUUGGACGAGAAACAUGCUUUGGACGAGAAACAUGCAUUGGACGAGAAACAUGCUUUGGACGAGAAACAUGCUUUGGACGAGAAACAUGCAUUGGACGAGAAACAUGCAUUGGACGAGAAACAUGCAUUGGACGAGAAACAUGCAUUGGACGAGAAACAUGCAUUGGACGAGAAACAUGCUUUGGACGAGAAACAUGCUUUGGACGAGAAACAUGCUUUGGACGAGAAACAUGCUUUGGACGAGAAACAUGCAUUGGACGAGAAACAUGCAUUGGACGAGAAACAUGCAUUGGACGAGAAACAUGCAUUGGACGAGAAACAUGCAUUGGACGAGAAACAUGCAUUGGACGAGAAACAUGCAUUGGACGAGAAACAUGCUUUGGACGAGAAACAUGCAUUGGACGAGAAACAUGCUUUGGACGAGAAACAUGCAUUGGACGAGAAACAUGCAUUGGACGAGAAACAUGCUUUGGACGAGAAACAUGCUUUGGACGAGAAACAUGCUUUGGACGAGAAACAUGCAUUGGACGAGAAACAUGCUUUGGACGAGAAACAUGCAUUGGACGAGAAACAUGCUUUGGACGAGAAACAUGCAUUGGACGAGAAACAUGCUUUGGACGAGAAACAUGCUUUGGACGAGAAACAUGCAUUGGACGAGAAACAUGCUUUGGACGAGAAACAUGCUUUGGACGAGAAACAUGCAUUGGACGAGAAACAUGCUUUGGACGAGAAACAUGCUUUGGACGAGAAACAUGCAUUGGACGAGAAACAUGCAUUGGACGAGAAACAUGCAUUGGACGAGAAACAUGCAUUGGACGAGAAACAUGCAUUGGACGAGAAACAUGCUUUGGACGAGAAACAUGCUUUGGACGAGAAACAUGCAUUGGACGAGAAACAUGCAUUGGACGAGAAACAUGCAUUGGACGAGAAACAUGCAUUGGACGAGAAACAUGCAUUGGACGAGAAACAUGCAUUGGACGAGAAACAUGCUUUGGACGAGAAACAUGCUUUGGACGAGAAACAUGCUUUGGACGAGAAACAUGCAUUGGACGAGAAACAUGCAUUGGACGAGAAACAUGCAUUGGACGAGAAACAUGCAUUGGACGAGAAACAUGCAUUGGACGAGAAACAUGCAUUGGACGAGAAACAUGCAUUGGACGAGAAACAUGCAUUGGACGAGAAACAUGCAUUGGACGAGAAACAUGCAUUGGACGAGAAACAUGCUUUGGACGAGAAACAUGCAUUGGACGAGAAACAUGCUUUGGACGAGAAACAUGCAUUGGACGAGAAACAUGCAUUGGACGAGAAACAUGCUUUGGACGAGAAACAUGCAUUGGACGAGAAACAUGCUUUGGACGAGAAACAUGCAUUGGACGAGAAACAUGCUUUGGACGAGAAACAUGCUUUGGACGAGAAACAUGCAUUGGACGAGAAACAUGCUUUGGACGAGAAACAUGCUUUGGACGAGAAACAUGCAUUGGACGAGAAACAUGCUUUGGACGAGAAACAUGCAUUGGACGAGAAACAUGCAUUGGACGAGAAACAUGCUUUGGACGAGAAACAUGCAUUGGACGAGAAAGAUGCAUUGGACGAGAAACAUGCUUUGGACGAGAAACAUGCUUUGGACGAGAAACAUGCUUUGGACGAGAAACAUGCAUUGGACGAGAAACAUGCAUUGGACGAGAAACAUGCUUUGGACGAGAAACAUGCAUUGGACGAGAAACAUGCUUUGGACGAGAAACAUGCAUUGGACGAGAAACAUGCUUUGGACGAGAAACAUGCAUUGGACGAGAAACAUGCUUUGGACGAGAAACAUGCAUUGGACGAGAAACAUGCUUUGGACGAGAAACAUGCUUUGGACGAGAAACAUGCUUUGGACGAGAAACAUGCAUUGGACGAGAAACAUGCUUUGGACGAGAAACAUGCAUUGGACGAGAAACAUGCUUUGGACGAGAAACAUGCAUUGGACGAGAAACAUGCAUUGGACGAGAAACAUGCAUUGGACGAGAAACAUGCUUUGGACGAGAAACAUGCAUUGGACGAGAAACAUGCUUUGGACGAGAAACAUGCAUUGGACGAGAAACAUGCUUUGGACAAGAAACAUGCAUUGGACGAGAAACAUGCUUUGGACGAGAAACAUGCUUUGGACGAGAAACAUGCAUUGGACGAGAAACAUGCAUUGGACGAGAAACAUGCAUUGGACGAGAAACAUGCAUUGGACGAGAAACAUGCAUUGGACGAGAAACAUGCUUGGACGAGAAACAUGCUUUGGACGAGAAACAUGCAUUGGACGAGAAACAUGCUUUGGACGAGAAACAUGCUUUGGACGAGAAACAUGCAUUGGACGAGAAACAUGCUUUGGACGAGAAACAUGCUUUGGACGAGAAACAUGCUUUGGACGAGAAACAUGCAUUGGACGAGAAACAUGCAUUGGACGAGAAACAUGCUUUGGACGAGAAACAUGCUUUGGACGAGAAACAUGCAUUGGACGAGAAACAUGCAUUGGACGAGAAACAUGCAUUGGACGAGAAACAUGCAUUGGACGAGAAACAUGCUUUGGACGAGAAACAUGCAUUGGACGAGAAACAUGCUUUGGACGAGAAACAUGCUUUGGACGAGAAACAUGCAUUGGACGAGAAACAUGCAUUGGACGAGAAACAUGCAUUGGACGAGAAACAUGCUUUGGACGAGAAACAUGCUUUGGACGAGAAACAUGCUUUGGACGAGAAACAUGCAUUGGACGAGAAACAUGCUUUGGACGAGAAACAUGCAUUGGACGAGAAACAUGCUUUGGACGAGAAACAUGCAUUGGACGAGAAACAUGCUUUGGACGAGAAACAUGCUUUGGACGAGAAACAUGCUUUGGACGAGAAACAUGCAUUGGACGAGAAACAUGCAUUGGACGAGAAACAUGCUUUGGACGAGAAACAUGCUUUGGACGAGAAACAUGCUUUGGACGAGAAACAUGCUUUGGACGAGAAACAUGCAUUGGACGAGAAACAUGCAUUGGACGAGAAACAUGCAUUGGACGAGAAACAUGCAUUGGACGAGAAACAUGCUUUGGACGAGAAACAUGCUUUGGACGAGAAACAUGCAUUGGACGAGAAACAUGCAUUGGACGAGAAACAUGCAUUGGACGAGAAAAAUGCAUUGGACGAGAAACAUGCAUUGGACGAGAAACAUGCAUUGGACGAGAAACAUGCAUUGGACGAGAAACAUGCAUUGGACGAGAAACAUGCAUUGGACGAGAAACAUGCAUUGGACGAGAAACAUGCUUUGGACGAGAAACAUGCUUUGGACGAGAAACAUGCAUUGGACGAGAAACAUGCAUUGGACGAGAAACAUGCAUUGGACGAGAAACAUGCUUUGGACGAGAAACAUGCUUUGGACGAGAAACAUGCUUUGGACGAGAAACAUGCAUUGGACGAGAAACAUGCAUUGGACGAGAAACAUGCAUUGGACGAGAAACAUGCAUUGGACGAGAAACAUGCAUUGGACGAGAAACAUGCAUUGGACGAGAAACAUGCAUUGGACGAGAAACAUGCAUUGGACGAGAAACAUGCAUUGGACGAGAAACAUGCAUUGGACGAGAAACAUGCAUUGGACGAGAAACAUGCAUUGGACGAGAAACAUGCAUUGGACGAGAAACAUGCAUUGGACGAGAAACAUGCAUUGGACGAGAAACAUGCUUUGGACGAGAAACAUGCUUUGGACGAGAAACAUGCUUUGGACGAGAAACAUGCAUUGGACGAGAAACAUGCAUUGGACGAGAAACAUGCAUUGGACGAGAAACAUGCAUUGGACGAGAAACAUGCAUUGGACGAGAAACAUGCAUUGGACGAGAAACAUGCAUUGGACGAGAAACAUGCAUUGGACGAGAAACAUGCAUUGGACGAGAAACAUGCUUUGGACGAGAAACAUGCAUUGGACGAGAAACAUGCUUUGGACGAGAAACAUGCAUUGGACGAGAAACAUGCAUUGGACGAGAAACAUGCUUUGGACGAGAAACAUGCAUUGGACGAGAAACAUGCUUUGGACGAGAAACAUGCUUUGGACGAGAAACAUGCAUUGGACGAGAAACAUGCUUUGGACGAGAAACAUGCAUUGGACGAGAAACAUGCAUUGGACGAGAAACAUGCAUUGGACGAGAAACAUGCAUUGGACGAGAAACAUGCUUUGGACGAGAAACAUGCUUUGGACGAGAAACAUGCAUUGGACGAGAAACAUGCAUUGGACGAGAAACAUGCAUUGGACGAGAAACAUGCUUUGGACGAGAAACAUGCAUUGGACGAGAAACAUGCUUUGGACGAGAAACAUGCUUUGGACGAGAAACAUGCUUUGGACGAGAAACAUGCUUUGGACGAGAAACAUGCAUUGGACGAGAAACAUGCUUUGGACGAGAAACAUGCUUUGGACGAGAAACAUGCAUUGGACGAGAAACAUGCAUUGGACGAGAAACAUGCUUUGGACGAGAAACAUGCUUUGGACGAGAAACAUGCAUUGGACGAGAAACAUGCAUUGGACGAGAAACAUGCAUUGGACGAGAAACAUGCUUUGGACGAGAAACAUGCAUUGGACGAGAAACAUGCUUUGGACGAGAAACAUGCAUUGGACGAGAAACAUGCAUUGGACGAGAAACAUGCUUUGGACGAGAAACAUGCAUUGGACGAGAAACAUGCUUUGGACGAGAAACAUGCUUUGGACGAGAAACAUGCAUUGGACGAGAAACAUGCAUUGGACGAGAAACAUGCUUUGGACGAGAAACAUGCUUUGGACGAGAAACAUGCUUUGGACGAGAAACAUGCAUUGGACGAGAAACAUGCUUUGGACGAGAAACAUGCAUUGGACGAGAAACAUGCUUUGGACGAGAAACAUGCAUUGGACGAGAAACAUGCUUUGGACGAGAAACAUGCUUUGGACGAGAAACAUGCAUUGGACGAGAAACAUGCUUUGGACGAGAAACAUGCUUUGGACGAGAAACAUGCAUUGGACGAGAAACAUGCUUUGGACGAGAAACAUGCUUUGGACGAGAAACAUGCAUUGGACGAGAAACAUGCAUUGGACGAGAAACAUGCAUUGGACGAGAAACAUGCAUUGGACGAGAAACAUGCAUUGGACGAGAAACAUGCUUUGGACGAGAAACAUGCUUUGGACGAGAAACAUGCAUUGGACGAGAAACAUGCAUUGGACGAGAAACAUGCAUUGGACGAGAAACAUGCAUUGGACGAGAAACAUGCAUUGGACGAGAAACAUGCAUUGGACGAGAAACAUGCUUUGGACGAGAAACAUGCUUUGGACGAGAAACAUGCAUUGGACGAGAAACAUGCAUUGGACGAGAAACAUGCAUUGGACGAGAAACAUGCAUUGGACGAGAAACAUGCAUUGGACGAGAAACAUGCAUUGGACGAGAAACAUGCUUUGGACGAGAAACAUGCUUUGGACGAGAAACAUGCUUUGGACGAGAAACAUGCAUUGGACGAGAAACAUGCAUUGGACGAGAAACAUGCAUUGGACGAGAAACAUGCAUUGGACGAGAAACAUGCAUUGGACGAGAAACAUGCAUUGGACGAGAAACAUGCAUUGGACGAGAAACAUGCAUUGGACGAGAAACAUGCAUUGGACGAGAAACAUGCAUUGGACGAGAAACAUGCUUUGGACGAGAAACAUGCAUUGGACGAGAAACAUGCUUUGGACGAGAAACAUGCAUUGGACGAGAAACAUGCAUUGGACGAGAAACAUGCUUUGGACGAGAAACAUGCAUUGGACGAGAAACAUGCUUUGGACGAGAAACAUGCUUUGGACGAGAAACAUGCAUUGGACGAGAAACAUGCUUUGGACGAGAAACAUGCAUUGGACGAGAAACAUGCAUUGGACGAGAAACAUGCAUUGGACGAGAAACAUGCAUUGGACGAGAAACAUGCUUUGGACGAGAAACAUGCUUUGGACGAGAAACAUGCAUUGGACGAGAAACAUGCAUUGGACGAGAAACAUGCAUUGGACGAGAAACAUGCUUUGGACGAGAAACAUGCAUUGGACGAGAAACAUGCUUUGGACGAGAAACAUGCUUUGGACGAGAAACAUGCUUUGGACGAGAAACAUGCUUUGGACGAGAAACAUGCAUUGGACGAGAAACAUGCUUUGGACGAGAAACAUGCAUUGGACGAGAAACAUGCAUUGGACGAGAAACAUGCUUUGGACGAGAAACAUGCUUUGGACGAGAAACAUGCAUUGGACGAGAAACAUGCAUUGGACGAGAAACAUGCAUUGGACGAGAAACAUGCUUUGGACGAGAAACAUGCAUUGGACGAGAAACAUGCAUUGGACGAGAAACAUGCAUUGGACGAGAAACAUGCAUUGGACGAGAAACAUGCUUUGGACGAGAAACAUGCAUUGGACGAGAAACAUGCAUUGGACGAGAAACAUGCUUUGGACGAGAAACAUGCAUUGGACGAGAAACAUGCAUUGGACGAGAAACAUGCAUUGGACGAGAAACAUGCUUUGGACGAGAAACAUGCUUUGGACGAGAAACAUGCAUUGA